GAGACCUCGAGGACGAUGGAGACACUUCGCUUAUUUGCAGUUUUACACCUCUGUUUAAUACCAGUAUCUAUAUCAGCUGUAGAAUAUGUUACAGUCGACAUAGAAGAAGGCACCAUCAGAGGUAGGAUGUUCGAAACGUAUACAGACAAACCCAUGUACAGAUUUGAAGGUAUUCCGUAUGCAGAACCACCAGUUGGAGAUCUCCGAUUCCAGCCGCCAGUGAAAAAGUCGGCGUGGACUGGCGUGAAAGACACCCUGACGGCGGGACCGAAGUGUCCCCAGUACAGCAGUGGAGAAGCGAUCGGUGACGAGGACUGCUUGUACCUCAGCGUGUUCGGUCCAGGGACGCCGACGAGAAAUGGAACACUGAAAAAUGUUAUGGUUUUUAUCCACGGAGGAUGUUUCACAGGAGGAGCUGGUUCUGCGAGACCGUACUACUACGUGGACCAGGAUGUCAUACUUGUCAACAUAAAUUAUCGACUGGGACUUCUGGGUUUCCUGAGCACCGGCGAUGAGGUGGUCCCUGGGAACAUGGGUCUUAAGGACCAGACAGAGGCACUUCGCUGGGUCCAGAGGAACAUACAGGCUUUUGGAGGUGAUCCACAAAAAGUAACCAUCUUAGGUCAAAGUGCUGGAGGGGCAUCCGUUCAUUACCACCUUUUGUCUUCACUAAGCAAAGGUUUGUAUAAGAGCGCCAUAGCGAUGAGUGGAUCGGCAUUAAACCCUUGGGCAUUCACGAUAAACGCUACAGACAGAGCAGUGCGGUUUGCCAAACACCUGGGCUACAAUGGGAAAAGUUCCACUGAUCUUCUGAAUUUUUUCAAAAGUAUAAAUGCGAGCACACUAGUGAAGGACAGAACUGCUGCCCUAUCGGAAGAGAGUUAG